UUAAAAGGACGUCAGAUGCUAUUUAAACCCAAUUAACUUCCACGAUCGGAAAUCUUUACCGAAUUCACGAACAAAAAAACCCUAAUUUCUGUGAAAAAAUGUCGUACGACGACGUGGAGAUUGAGGACAUGGAGUGGAACGACGAGCUCCAAGCUUUCACAUAUCCUUGUCCGUGCGGCGACCUGUUUCAAAUCACAAAGGAAGAUCUGAAGCUAGGCGAAGAGAUCGCUCGUUGCCCUAGUUGUUCUCUGUAUAUCACCGUUAUAUAUAAUAUGGAAGAUUUCCUCGGAGAUUCCAAUAAACACGUUGAGCCUUCGAAACAACAGCCUAUUGCUGUCGCUUGAGAACCUCAAAGUUUCGUUUUUUUUUUUGGUCCAAUUGAAGAUUUUGGUAUCAUAUUGUAAUACGUAGUGGUUUGAACUGGCAUUAACUGCCUGAAAUUUUGCUGUAUUGAGAAAGAAGGAUUACUGGUGUUUGUCCACUCUAUAGAUUAUUAAUUUUAUUGGGAUUGCAAUAUAUUAUACGUAAUUAUGUGCUA